UUUUUUUUUUCUUUUACAUACAUAUAAUAUCUAUAUAGUAACAAGAGUAAAAAAAAAUACAAAUAUAAAUGGCCAAAAUAGUUAUUGCUCAUCAUCCGUAUGAAGCAAGUAGAGACGACGAAAUAUCUUUUGUGAAAGACGAAGUUAUUAAGGUAACAGAUGACUCUGAUCCUGACUGGUGGGUUGGUAAGAAGAAGGACGGUUCUUUAGGCUUCUUUCCUAGCAAUUUUGUUGACAUUGUUGAAAAUAAUGCUACUGGAAAACCAAAUGUCACUGCAACUUUGGAAGAGCAAGAAAAUACACCUAUAAUUGAAAAUAAUGAAGAGUCAAUUCAAAAUAAUCCUGAAUUUAUUGAAAACGACCAAGAAGAGACUCCACUCGUUCCUGAGGAAAAGAAAGUUGACCAAAUAAUUGGUAUGGCAAGAGUGAUGGAGGAUUACGCAAUGCAAGAGCCUGGAGAAAUUUCACUUUCACGGGGUGGAAUUAUCAAUGUAUAUGAAAUUAUUGAUGAUGAAUGGCAAAGAGGUGAAUUAAAUGGUAAAGUUGGAAUAUUUCCUUCCAAGUAUGUCGAAGAUAUUGACAUGCCUGGAAGACCUGAUCUUGGUAGACAACAAAUUGUUAAUACUUCAGAAAAUCCAAAGCCCUCUUUAAAUGAUGAAAAUAACUCUGCACGUGGUUUUAAAUUGGCAGCUUAUGGUGUUAAACAAGGUGGCAUUGGUAGUUUGUUUGCUGGUGGACUUCCUGGAUUAAAGAAAAUAGGAAUAACUCAUAAACAAGGAGAAGAAGAAGAAGAAGAAGUAUCUAAACCUAAUAUUGAGAACAAGAAUGAAGCUACUACACCUCCUUCUGUACCCGAGAAAACAAAACCAAAGCCUUUUUUCUCAACGUCGGGUGUUCCUGCUGUUCCUGCUUUUACUGCUUAUUCAGACGAACCUGCUGAACCAUCUAUCGAUCCAUCUGCUGUUCCACUUUCAGCUCCUCCUGCUAUUCCAUCUUUAGAAAAUAAAGCACUUGGGAAAGCUAUUGUAUUACAUCCUUAUGAAGCUGACAACGAUGAUGAAUUAAACCUAUUGAGAGGCGAAUAUGUUGAUAUUCUUGAUCGCCAUGCAGAUGAAGGAUGGUGGAAAGGAAAGAAUGAAAGAGGAUACAUAGGCGUUUUUCCUUCUAAUUUUGUUAAAGAAAUUGAAAAUGACAUUGUUGCUCCUCCUAUGCCAUCUCGCUCUCGCAAAUCAGUUAUGUCUAUUAAUUCCGAUAGUACUACAACUGAAAGCCGACCUACUUCUAUCACUUCCAACAUUGCUAGACCUCCUCUUACAGGUCCUAGGCCUUCUUCUGUUCAAUCACCAAGUAUGACUCAAAAACCCAUUGUAUUGAAUCAAAGACCUUCUUCUGUUCAAGCAUUAUCAUCUAAUGUACGUUUACCCACACCUCCUAAGGCUUUUAGUCCUCCUAUUCCUCAAGUUAACUCUCCAUCACCUAUUUCUGAAGAGUCUAUUAAAGAAGAAGAACAAUACGAAGCGGAUGAGGAAAAACCUACUUCACCUGAAAGGUCCGAAGUUGAAGAAUCUCCUGCAUUUACUCCUAUUAUAUCUGAACGUGCACUUUCAUUUCCUACUGAAAAAGAAGAAAGCAUUAAAUCGCCUAUUGUGGUUGAAGAAGAGCCCAUUUCAGAUGAUGAAGUAAAAGAAUCAGGAGUUGAUGAGGAGCCUUUCAAACUCGAAUCAGAAAAAUUAGCAAAGACAGAAGAAUCUAGAACAGCAGAGCUUAUUUCACCAGUAGAAGGAGAACAGGUCAAGGAAAAAGAAGAGGAAGAUGCUCCAAAGAAAGAAGAUGAGCAACAACAGCUUCCAGAAGCUGAAUCUAUAGAAGAUACUAAUCAUGCAGAUGAGUCAUCUGUCAUUCAGGAAAAGAAGAAUGAGGAAAUAAAUAAUAAAAAUGAUUCGAAAGAACAAAUGGCAUCCUCUGAUGAAGAAUUUAAAGAGGCUUCUGAGGAACUUAAGUUGGAUAAAAAGCAGCCUAUCGAAGUAGAUGAUAAACUAACUGAAGAAGAAAAGGAAAACACAGAGAAGGAAAUACCAAAUGAAGUCGCUCAAGAAAAUAGCAAUAGCUUUAAUAAUAUACCAUCCGGACCCAAACUUGUCAAUCCUACACGUAUUCGUUUUGGAGGUGGUAGAGCACGUCGAUUACCUCAAACACCUAGUCAUGAGCCUAGUCAGAUGGAGAUUUUACAAAAAGAAUUAGAAUCAACACCUGAACCAGAUAAAGAGGAAACAAAAGAUAGAUCUACUUCACCUGAAAAGCCCACUAAACCUAUAAAACCUAUUUUUGCAAAAUUCCCUACGCCUUUUGCAGCUGGUGCACCAGAAGAAAUCUUUAAACGUAAUUUGAAACCUACACAAACACGUCGUUUAUGGGAACAAAAGCCCGAAACAGAAGAAAACAAUAAAAAGACGACAACGACGACGACACCCGAGGAUGAUGUACCUGUUCGUCCAACUGGAGUUAAAAAUAUCGCAUCCCGUUUUAAUUUCAAUAAUAACAGCAGUAGUAGUGGUCAUGAAGUGCUUGAAACAAAAUUAAAGAACCAUACCAAGAAUGAAAUUGAAAAGGUACGAAAGGAAUUUGAAAAGUUAUUACAAGAGGAACGAGAUAAGCGCAUUCAAUUAGAGACUAUUGUUAAUGAAUUAAUUGCUAAAAUACAAGCUCUUGAAAAUUAAUAUGUUUCUUUUUUCCUCUAUAAAAUAAAAUAAAAUAAAAAAAAAAUAUGUUUGAGAUAUAGUUUUUAUUUAUUGUCUAAUAAAAACAUGUAUCUUUUAACG